AAAGCUUUGUUCAAUUUCUAUAGCGCAUUGUAGAGUAACACACCGAGCAAUGGGAAUGCAUCAUUCAACAGAGAGAGAUUCACAUUUGUGUGUUCGGUUACUGUUCGUCUUGAUGUUGGCGUGUGUUGCAAGAGCUUCCAUCCAGGAUUUACUUAGACCCUCUUCACAAUGGAUAAACGACAACAACCUCAGCGGGAGUGGGAGGAACGAUCAAAGUGCUUCAUCUGAUGGACUCUCCUCCAACAGUGGAAGUGGAUUCCUUUCCAAUAGCAACGACCAAAUGCAAGAAAUCUCGAGUGGAAACAGGCUCUCAGAUCUUUUGUCUGUAUCACUGAGCGGUAGCGGGAGUGCUCAGCUUGAAGGAGAGACAUCAACUACCGGCAAACGCGAAGCAGACAUCAGGCGGAAGAGAGACUUACCCUCUCGAGCUAUUUGCGAAUUCGAAUAUGAGGAAAACGAAGACAUGAACAGGUUGCCUAGCAAAUUGAUGUUUGCCAAAGAAGUCCACAAAGGCAUAAACUCGUGCAUCGAUCCUAAUACAGACGAACUUAGUUACAGUGCGCAGGGUUCGUGCCAGAUGGUGAUGUAUACAAUGCAGGUGCAGACCAGACAAUCUAGCAGCGAGAGCUGGCAAAACACGUCCAUCAAAGUCCCUGUUGCCAGGAUUUGCGCUAGAGACAAGGAAAUUUAAGGAGACAGACGUUCUUCGCAUCAGGCAAUAACAGCGUUUUUACACGCGGCCAUACUGGUGGUCAAGUCUUUAUUCCCGUCAAAUUGACAAGUGACUCCAGUAUGGCCGUCAGGGAAACUCUGCAUUAGAAUUCAGGUUGGAGGACAAAAACAGCACUGCAAUUUUGCCUAAAAAGAUAAUCUCUUGCAAUAUCUAAUAAUUCGCUUUAUUUAUUUAUUUAUGAAAACAUGCUCCUAAAUAAUUAAAUAUAUGGAGAAAGAGGAAUGUUCUAUAGAAUAUAGUAUUUAUUCUAUACAUGUAUAUUAAUUUAGCUAAUUAAAUGAGUUUAUAGCCUUGUUGCUUGCCAAAAAUGAUUUUACCUCUUGUAAGCAGGUACGGGUUAGUGAUCGGUUUGUAACGAGUAUUUCCUGGUAUCCAAUUCGGAGCAGAUGAUAUCAUCGUCAAAGAAAACAAUUUUAACAAGUAUAGGUCCUUGCAGCUAAGUUUUAUAACAGAGACAGGAUUGUCCCUCCUUGAGUUCUCGUUGCUACGAGGUUCACAAUGGAAACAUUUCAAUUAUCUUUCUUCAAUCACCUUAUCGCGCUCAGCCAAACAAAACUUCCAUCUGGUGGCUGACACUGAGACGGAGACCAGGCCUAGACUUUUUUCUAAAAUGUUCGAACUGUUUUCUAAAGUUUACAAUUAGCGCAGACACUUUAUUGUUCUUAUUGAUGUUUGUGACUAAUUGUCCAAACUGAUCUGGAAUCUACAGAUCCAUAGAGUCCGUCUUCUUUUCAAACCAUUCAGUCUCGAAGAGCGGCUCUUACUCAGGAAGACAUAAGACAUGCACAUAAAACACGAAACAAAAAGGGAAGUAAAGUCACCAAGAAAGUCUCUGUAAAGUGAAAAUAAAUAACACUGGCUUGGAAGUAAACUUAAAUGUAUACAUAGAGUUGUAUCUGUAUAAAGAUAAAAAUGACAUGUUAAACGCAAACAAACCAUCAUUUUAAAACUGUAUUUGCUUAAUAGCAAACAGCUAUUUUCAGCUGAGGUUAUCAGUUUGAAAGUACAGUAGUGACUGUGUCACGUGCUUAUCUUUGCAUCUUUGCUGGUGAUAUAAUUAGUUAAAAGUCUCGCAAACUAAUAUUUAUUAAACAGUGCAUUGAGUCUGUGUGCUAAAUAUUUGUAUUGAUAUGCAAUCAGGAAAGAGAAUAUGGUUUGAUUUAAUACUCUUUUUUUAUCAUAUGGUUAGAAUGAAACAAAGUUCGUUUGUGGUUUUAAAAUCUCGUCUGAAUUUAUUCGAAAUUCAUGCACUAAAGUACACACUUCAGUGUGUCAUUAAUUAAAGUGUUAUAUUUUAAGGAUAUGAAGAUUGCUUUAA